AUGGUAUAUUGUGGGAAGGCCUCGCUAGGCUGUUUAUCAUGCCGCAAACGCCGUAUCAAGUGCGACAAGAAACAGCCCGAGUGUACACAAUGUGUUCGUCUUUCGAGAACGUGUCCGGGCUAUCGGGACCAGCUCUCAUUGAUGUUCAGAGAUGAGACGGGCAAGGUGGAGAAGAGGGCGCGUGCCUCAUGGGGAGAGAAGGAAGUAGUAAACUCAGGACCAGAACCAGCAUCGAUGCCGACGCCUCCCUCCUCAGUCAUAUCUUCUGCAUCCCCCACAACCACAAUCACAACAGCAGCUACAAGUACAACAAGAACAAGAAGAAAAGACCAAACUCCCUCACCUGCCCUCGCACCACCAGCCCUCGUCAACCACCUCGAGAGACUGGAGCCUGGACCCUACCGAAAGAUGAUUACGCCCCCUUCGGAACUGGGCGUGUCCUUCUACGCGCACCACUACCUCCUGGGCUACCCAGAUGAAGUCAGGAACCCAAAGGAGCUGAGCGGGCUGCCGUGGUUCGACCACCCUUCGGCGCAGGCCACCAUGGCUGCCCUUGGCCUGGCUGCGUUGGGAAACCGGAACGGGGAUCGAGGCAUGCAACACCUGUCCAGGGUCAAAUAUGGCGAGGCGUUACGGUCGACUAGUGAGGUGUUGCGGGAUCCUGUGAAGAAUCUGGACACGGCCGUCAGAACGACGAUCAUGCUUGCGCUGUACCAGUGUGUCCAUAUGCCGCAUGAGUCCCACGAGAACACAAGAGUACACCUCAUGGGCUGCUUGGCCCUCCUCAAGACGGUGUUUCCCAUCCGGUCUGUGGUGGCCAACGGGACCAGGGGGAUCCUGCAGCUCUGUUAUUCUCUGCUCUACCCCUGCAUCCAAAGUGGCAGCCCUAUGCCCAAGAGAUUCUUCGAGCCCAUCCGCGACGCCAUCUCCACAGGCUUCCUCCCAGAAGACGAGCAGCCGGCCGUUUCCCUCAUCUACAUACUCUGGCGCUUCACGGGCCUCAACGCCAAGGUGCGCUGGACCGCCUACACCGACGGCCACGCGAGCACCACCGACCUACUGCAGCAGGUGCUGGCCGUUGACGAGGCCCUGGCACGGUGGGAGGCCUCGAAACCGGGCAAGUGGGCCUACAGGACGUGCACAGGAGAGGAGGAAAGAGAAGAAGGACGAGCAAGACUAUCCUUCCCGCCCGAUGCCGUCUUCCGCAACGCCUACCACCGCUACGCCGACAUAUGGACAUCGCGCGUAUGGAGCCACUACCGCUGGGCUCGCAUCCUCACCAACCAGACCCUACUUGAACUCACAGCCCUGUACCCCAUAUCAGCGGCAGCAGCAGGAAUAGAAGCCGGAGCAGCGGCAGCAGCAACAGCAACAACAACAGGAGAUGAGAUGUCCUCCCCAGCCCGACAGACCCGCCGCACCAUCCAACAAACCAUAUACCGCCUGGCCGUCGACGUGUGCACCUCAGUGCCCACGCACUACAAGCAUCCCAGCCUGACCUGGGCGCACCUCGACGCCAUCCAGACGCACGGGGGGGCCGGGGCCGGGGCCGUGGGCAUCCCGCACCUCAUGUUCCACCUGCAGACGGCGGCGUGUGCGCCGGGCGUACCGCUCGAGGUCUGGCGCUGGGCCGUGGCGAUCAUGGACACAGCCUGGCAGGACCUGGGCAUGCUGCAUGCUCGGUCCCUGGCGGAGGUGUCUAGGAACCAUAGGGCGAUGGCGGAUGGGGGAGGGAGGCCCUAACUAAGUUGGCCUGGAGAAGGGGCCAAGGUGUGAGUGGGGAGGAAGGGCGAGUGAGGACAUUGGAAUGGGAUUUCUUCUUUUGUGAGAGGUCCAGAAAUUUGUUGUGGAUGGUUCACAUUGAGCCAUUUACUUUCUUUUCUUUGAUUUAUCGUUGUUAAUUUUGGCGAGGAGUUUUGGGGGGGGGGGGGCGUUGGGAAGGGGAAAGGUGUGUAGGGACGUCGGGGUUCAAAAAUCCCUAGCCUGUUGGUAGGCUCAGCUAUUAUAUGCUGUGUAAGUGCUUAUGUUUUAUCGUUUUCCGAAUUUUCCCUCUGCCUUGCCUUUGGCAUGCUGUACACACAUGGAUUGUGGGAAGUUGUUGUGUUUUCUCUCUAUCCACUGGGAGGGAGUUGAUGGUGAGAGGGGGGAAAGGCUUCGUUUAUGAGGGCAAGGGAAGUGUGUAGAAUCCAAUGGGGAUAUCACUGAUUGUAUGGACAACAGCUACAAACCAAAACAAACUACUCUCUCUC